GCUGUUUUCUGGUGUCAUUCUCACAACAGAAUGCAAAAAGAAAAUAUGUGAUUCAACUGGGGAAAGUMUGCUAUAACUUUAGAAGUAUGAGCUUUAUGAUUUUUUUUUCACAAAUAUAAUUUAAGUUUUAGGAAGCUUUUAAGUAACCCCCUCACAAAAUGUUCAAUAGACAGUUGAUGAUGUCAUAUACAUUCCAACUUUGAGCUGUUUACAAAGUUUUUGCAGAGACUUUUCUUACUACUUCAACUUUAUUAUUACAUGUGCAGAUCUUCAGGCUACAUCAAAACGUGGCUCAGAUUUCUCCCAAAUCCUCUCAAAAUUCAGCACGUGCACAGCCAAGCUCCCACAAAUUAUAACUUCAGCUCAAAAUAUUCACCACAGAAYCAGAAAUGAAAAGGCUGUUUCCAUUAAAUCCCAAGUGUGAUCYUAUGCAGCUCAUCAGUCAAGAAUUAUUAAGCUCUGAUCGUUUGUGUCUGCCUUUCUUAAGAGUGCUGUUUAGACAGGUGUUUGGUUAGUGARUGGGUCUCAAAACGUGUUUGCUCUUAUUGCAAAGUUUCUGUUAUUUGGCUGCAUCCACACCUCUCUAUUUUGUUAUUGCAUCAAAAUUCAAGAGAACUUCAAGUUCAAGUUUCAGGUUUAUUUAUUUGCCAUUAGAGAAACACUGGAAAGACAGUAGAACUUGUUCAUAACAGGUUUGUGUUGGUGAAGUGAGUUYGAACCAUUGUUCCAUGAGAUGAGGCAGGCUGGGUGGGCACUAUGACCCAGCAGCUGGUCCACUCUUCGAGAGGGAGUAAAAGUAAAGAGAAGAACAAGGUUGUGAUCAGUGGCGUUUUGUUUGAUGUCAGAGUCUGUAUAAAACCCAGGCUUUGGCUCGGCUCACCAAUGAACCACGAGGGGCCCCGAGGAGCCACAGCUCUGGAGAACUCCUGCCCUACAUGCGGAUUUAUCUGUGACAUKCUCCCAGAUGUUGAGGUAUCAGGACGCACCCUUUGCCGCUGUGCGUAAUCCCUGUUAGAAACUAUUCARAUGUGGAUUAAAAAACGGAAAAGAUGACUGGAUGUUCGCUCGGAGAGGUGCACCGGUGAAAAAGAGAACUAUGAAGCUGGAAGGAAACAGUUUUUGUGUUUUGAUCUGGUUCUCGGAGAGGAUGGCUCGGACCAGGCGGCGCGCAUGGAGGAAAAGGGGCUCCUUGGAUCUUUGACUUGGGUGCGUGAGAUGAACUAAAAAAAAAGUUAUGGAGCUCUAUGGUGAAGUGGAGCCGGUGAACGCAACGAACGACAGCUCGGCUCCCUCCGCUGUGGAUGAGAGCGCGGAGAGCCUCGCCUUUCAGAUCAGCCUUGCUGUCAUCCUCGCGGCCAUCACGCUCGCCACCACUUUAUCCAACGCCUUCGUCAUCGCGACCAUCUCGCAGUCCAAGAAGCUGCAAACUCCGGCCAACUUCCUGAUCGCCUCCCUGGCCGUCACGGACCUCCUGGUGUCCAUCCUGGUGAUGCCCAUCUGCGUCCUGUACACGGUGACGCACACCUGGACGCUCGGGCAGGUGGUCUGCGACGUCUGGCUCUCCUCGGACAUAACGUGCUGCACCGCGUCCAUCCUCCACCUGUGCGUCAUCGCCUUGGACAGGUACUGGGCCAUAACGGACGCGGUGGAGUACUCCAAGAAGCGCACGCCGGCGCGCGCCGCCGGGAUGGUGACCACGGCGUGGGUGAUCGCCAUCUCCAUCUCGCUGCCGCCGCUCUUCUGGCGGCAGGUGAAGGRGGAGGAGCUGACCAGCUGCAGCGUCAACACCGACCACAUCUUCUACACCAUCUACUCCACCUUCGGCGCGUUCUACGUCCCCACGCUGCUGCUCAUCGUCCUGUACGGGCGGAUUUACGUGGAGGCGCGCAAGCGGAUCCUCAAGCAGUCCCCCAAGAAGGUCGGGAAGAGGCUCACCUCCGCGCACCUGGUCACCAGCUCCCCGGCGUCCGUGGCGUCCACGACCCCCCUGCAGUGCGGGAGGCACGAGGCCCCGUCCAGCGACGCCAGCUCCUCCGUCAGCGACAACCAGGUGAAGGUGACCGUGUCCGACGCGCUGCUGGAGAAGAAGCGCAUCUCGGCUGCCAGGGAGAGGAAAGCCACCAAGACUCUGGGGAUAAUACUCGGCGCCUACAUCGUGUGUUGGCUUCCGUUUUUUAUUUACACCCUGCUGGUGGCCACGUGCGACACGUGCCUGAACCCGGAGCUGUUUGACUUCUUCACCUGGCUGGGAUACCUGAACUCCCUUAUUAACCCCAUUAUUUACACCAUGUCCAACGAGGACUUCAAGAAGGCUUUCCAAAAGCUCARGCGCCUCAGGUGCUGCAGCUUGUGAACUCAGACAAGAAUAAGAUUUAUUGAAUUAUCUUUACAUUUUGUAAAGAAAAUCAAAGCUAUGGAAACUCACGACAAUGGAACUGACAGGCAUGAGAAGGUGCAUGGAAAAG